UUUUGUGUUUGGGGUGUCACCGCUCGUUCCUGUCGCAGCGUGCAUUUGUUUUGCCUCAGUUCUGUGUGUUGUGACAUUCUAGACGUGAAGUUGUGAACACGUCAGUAAGACUGUUGAACAUUGAGUGAACAUCGACUGUCUUUCUUGCGCAGCAAACGCAAGUGCUGCAUCAACAGACUCCUUGGCAGAACGCGAGGAGGGCAGAGGGGUACUGUGACGACGAUUUUAGUAAUGUCUCUUGAGAAAUAACAUUAUAGCGUCUCUAAACAUGACUUCGGUGUGGAAGAGACUUCAGCGUGUCGGCAAGAAAGCGUCGAAGUUCCAGUUUGCGGUGACUUUUCAAGAACUGACAGUAGAAUGCACGAAGAAAUGGCAGCCAGACAAACUGAGAGUAGUAUGGAGCAGGAGAAACCGGAGAAAUUGCACCAAGCUGCAUGGGUGGCAGCCUGGCAUCAAGAACCCCUACAGGGGCACGGUGGUGUGGCAGGUGCCCGAAAACCUGGACAUCACCGUCACACUCUUCAAGGACCCGACUGCAGAUGAAUUUGAAGACAAGGACUGGACAUUCAUCAUUGAGAAUGAGACUAACAAGGGCCACAGGAAGGUGCUGGCGUCGGUGGACGUCAACAUGAAGAAGUUUGCCAGCGCCACCCCUGCCCACUACGACCUGACGCUGAAGCCCAAGCCCCUGUCUGUGAAGGUGGUGGAAGCCACACUCAAACUGACCUUGACCUGCGUCUUCCUCAAAGAGGGCAAGGCCACAGAUGAGGACAUGCAGAGUCUGGCCAGUCUGAUGAGCCUGAAGCAGAGUGACAUCGGCAACCUGGACGACUUCAACGAUAGUGACGAGGAGGAGGGCGAGAGGAGGGUCAGCAUCGGAGCCGGCAUGGGCCCCGCCACUCCUGUCACAGCACCCGCGAGAAAAAUACGUGAUCAGGCAUGGAGGCCUGUGAUUGACCCAGAGCCCACAGAGUUUCAGAGGCAGUUGAGCACUCUGACAGAGGAGGAAUACAGCACUGCCACAACUCCCAACCACACUGCUGGAAUGAUCAGUAUCGCCAGUCAGAGGCCAGACCCAUCAACAUCCACACUUGACCCAUUGGCUAAGCCCUUUGGGACAACAGUCCAUGAGAGAAGGCAGGAGGCAUUCUCAAUGUUUGGAGUGGAGGUUGUCCAGGCAAUGGCAGGCCCUUCAUGUCAGUCUCCCAUCCAAGUGGGACAGACAUUGCGGUAUGGGAUGGGAGCAACUGUUGACAAUGAGCCAAAAGAGCCAGACCACAGCCAGACCACUUGUGAGGUUGUGGCCCUGGCAAAGUGUCAAGUUAUAGAGGACUUGGAGAUGAUAUGUAAGGAAGAAAUGGAAGAGGAAGUCAUAGAGUCAGGCUCCGGAAUAGAGCAUUCUGGGAAGGAAGAGGUUACUGUGGCUAGGCAGGUGGAAGUGUAUGAGAUGCGACCUGAAAACAUGGUUUCUCUGCCGCCAUCAUGCCUAAGAGUUGCCAGUGCACCAGGGUUUCUAUCCACUCAAGCAUCCUGUUCAGAGGCUCAGUUAGAAUACUGUCCAGUGGACAAUAGCAUAUUAUGGGAGACGCCAAGAAAGGAUGGGUCAGAGCUCUCUAUCGAAAGAUCAAAAGAGAAGAGAGACAUGGUGAGAGGAAUGGCAGAUAUGGUCUCAUCUUGUCCAAGCACUGUCAGCAUUCCGGGAUUUCUGUCUCCACAUCUGUCCAAGGAAGUCAAGUUAGAGAGGGAACCUAGCAUGGCAGAUCUAAUGCCAUCCUGCCCAAGACUGGCUGGCACACUCGGAUUCCCUUCUCUUGAAAGUCAAGUAAAGGAGUGUACAAUCAACAUUGAGGCCAUUUGGGAGAAGCCCCCGAAGGGGAAAAAAAGGAUGGCCUUUAUGUCCACUCCACAUUUGGACAGAUUAAACGAAGACAAAGAUCUAAUGAAACACGUGGUGGCUCUGGUACCAUCAUGCCCUACUACAACAAGUAUUCCUGGCUUCCCCUCUGCACCACAUCCCAAAGCUGAGGUAUAUCCAAGUAUGUUGAGUCUUGUGCCAGCGUGCCUUAAAGUGUCCAGUCCCCCGGGUUUUGCAUCCACUGGGGGGGCUACAACAUUAGAGUGGCUUGUUAACCCAAAGUCUAUGUUUGAGCACUUGCAGAAAAAUAAGGAGAAUAAAGAAGAAAACGUUUUUCCAAAAUACAGAUCGAAAGAACACAAUGAGAAAGUUAAAGCAAUGGUUGCUAUGGUGUCAUGUGGCUCAGAUGUAUCCACGAUCCCUGGCUUCCCCUCUGCUCCACAUCCCAAAACUGAGGUGGGGCCAAGUAGUGUGCAUCUUGUUCCCUCCUGCACUAAAGUUUCUAGUCUCCCUGGUUUUCCAUCCAUUGAGAAGGAUAGGUGGGCAGGGUGGGUUGUUGACCAGAAGCCAUUGUUGAAGAGACCACUAAAGGAGAGGAGAGUCAUCAUUGACAGCUCAAAAGCAGACCAAGAGGAAAUGAAAACCAAUGUUCCUUUGAGGGUAUCAUGUCCACACUCUGCAAGGAUCCCUGGCUUCCCAUCUGUACCACAACCCAAUAUGAUGAUUCAUUUGCCCGCUUGCUCUAAAGCUUCCAGUGAGGAGGCUACAACAUUAAAGUGGCUUGUUGACCCCAAGCCUGUGUUUGAGCACUUGCUGAAGAAGAAGGAGGAGGAAGAUGUUUUUCAAAAAGACAAAUCAAAGGAAGACAUUGACAAAAUGAAACCAGUAGUUGCUUUGGUGCCAUGUUGCCCAGAAGCAGCCAUCAUUCCUGGCUUCCCCUCUGGCUUCCCCUCUUGCUUCCCCUCUUGCUUCCCCUCUGUACCACAACCCAACGAUGUCUACUUGGGGCAAACUGUAGUCAACCUUAUUCCAUCUUGCCCAAAAGUCUCCAGUAUUGCAGGUUUCCCAUCUCAUCAGCAAACUGACAGAAAAUAUUGGCACACAGAUCCACCCGGAGAUCAUCCGCCAUUAUGGGAGAAGCAACUGAAAAAGAAGCAGAAGUUAUUGAUGGAAGUAUCAGAAAAUGACAAACAAGAAAUGAAAGGAAUGGUGGCUCUGGUACCAUCAUGUCCUACUGCAGCAGGUAUUCCUGGCUUCCCCUCUGCACCACAUCCCAAAGCUGAGGUAGAGCUAAGUAUGUUGAGUCUUGUGCUCGCUUGCCCCAAAAUGCCCAGUCUCCCUGGUUUUGCAUCCACUGAUGGGGCUACAGCAUUAGAGUGGCUUGUUGACCCAACAUCUAUGUUUGAGCACUUGCAAAAGAAGAAGGAAGAGGAAGAAAACAUUCUCCCAAAAGUCAUCGGCAAAACGAAAGCAAUGGUUGCUUUGGUGCCAUGUUGCCCAGAAGAAGGCAGGAUUCCUAGCUUCCGCUCUGCACCACAACCUAAGAGGGAGCUUAAUAGUGUGGAUCUCACGCGAUCAUGCCCCAAAAGCUCCAGUCUCCCAUCGACGGCCAACGUCCAGACAGGAGACUGUCACGUUGAACAGAAGCCUUUGUUUGAGAAGAAGCUGAAAGAUAAGACCGUAAUGAUCAACGAUUGGUCACCAGAAGACAGAGAAAACAGGGUGUCACUGGCGCCAUCUUGCCCGUUCUUUACACAACUCAAAGCAAUAGAAGAACAAACCGUGUUUUCCCUAAUGCGAGCUUGUCCAAGUGAAUCUAGAGAACCAGGAUUACCUUCUAGACAGCCAUCUGAAUUAGCUCGAACCCAGGGAGAAGAAUCUGUGAGUUCUAUGCAGCCAAUGUGGGAAAAACCAUUGAAGGAUAAUAGGUCAGUGGAUAUGGUGCUUUCCAAGCCUGACCUAAGCAGUGCAGUUGGAGAUGAAAACCUAAAAACGUUGCUUGCACUGGUACCAUCUUGCCUCGAGGCAGCAAGCAUUCCUGGUUUCCCGUCUGCCCCUCCUCACAGUCUAGAGUCUAUAGAGGCAAAUGAGACAAGUAUGCAGACAGAGAAGAAAGAGGUUACUGGAGAACCAGCAGAGUAUGUUCUAGAUAAGGGUGUCCUCGACAGCCCACAAAUAGAGAAAAUCCCAUCUGAUGAAUCUGAGGAAAUCCAGAAGUCCUCUGCAGUGUUAGAACCAGAGCUGGUCUUGGGAUGGGAGGUGUUGGAGGCUGAGGGGUCUGUGGCAGAGAAGCAGCAGGAGGCCUCUGGCCUAGUACAGACCAUUUUUGGUGUCUUCUCCAGGGGUUAUGAAACAGUAGCAGCCAUGCUGGGUCCGUCUGGCUCCUCUCCAACAGAAGGUGCAGCCCCAUCAGAGAGCUCCUCUGAACCUGUCCCAGAUACAUCUACCCUCGUCCAGGAAGCAGUGUCUGGAAAGGCACCGCACCUUGAGGGUGAAACCAAAAAAACUAUUGAACUCCCAACCACCGCUGAGCCAUGGUUGUUGAAUAUGGAAGACGAGCAGUCAAUGAGUGAGGCAAUGAGACAAGACACUGAGGAUGGCUUUGUUCAAGUCCAAGAUCUAAGCAGUAUGAGAAAAUGGCCGUCAUUGAAGGAGGCUGACCUUACUGAGAUCUCCAGAGGAAAAUUUGUGCUAACUGGGGAAGAAGAGAUUUACCUUGACUUGUGGGCGCAAAUAGGAGAGAAAUCAACGUUAAAAGCACAGGACUCUGGACAGAUAACAGGUUAUGUUGACAUUUAUUCAGCCGGGUCACCUGUCGAGACAGAAUUAUCAACUUCAUUACACCAGGACAAGGGCGCCCAACAUGCAAGCACAGAGGAAGCCUCUGCCCCUACCUCACAACCUACUACAGACAAGUUGCUGUUAGAGGACAAGGCUCAAGAACAUAUAGUCCCCAUCCCAGAUAAACCCUCUGAUGAUCAGACACUCGCCUCAGAUGAAACACAAUCGGAAGUUGCCCCUGUUGUCGCUGGCCAGGCUGUCCCUGCACAGGUAACAACUGAACUGGUGGCUCCUCAUCAUGCAAAGAAACGAGACGGUAGUCUUCCUCCAGAAACUCAACAGGAAGCUGAUGACCAAGGGAUUGUUUCUAAGGUAGUCCCUUCACGGCCUCCAAGGAGAAAAGACUGUCUCACUUCAGAGCGCAAACAGAAAUCUGAGAAUGUAUCUGUACAGAAACCCACUGAAGUGAGAGGAGACCGUAGUCUUUCAACAGAACCUCUAAAGAAAGAUGAUGUCCAGAAGGGUUUUACUGCCCAGGCACCAGAGGAGAUGGUACCAUCACAUCCUGGUAGGAAAAUAGAUUGUUGUCUUUCAACAGAACCUCAACAAAAAACUGAUGCCCCUGUCCAGGUGCCCACUGAACUGGUCCCUCCUCGCCGUACUAAGACAAGCCUCAUUAAAGAGACACCACAGGCAACCGGCGUUAUCCCAGCUCCACGCACAAGGGGAACCUAUAGUGCUUCCAGUGCAGAACGUUCACAGAAACCUGGCCAGGGAGCCACUGAACUGAUUCUACCAUGGCCUGUGAAGAAACAAAACAGCUUCACUCCAGAGCCAUCUCAGAAAGCUGAUGAGCCAGAGAAUGUGAUUGCCCAGGCGGUCGCUAAGCUGAUUCCACCUCAACGCACCAGGAAAGCAUCUCUCUCUCCCGAACCGCGACAGAAAGCUGACGAUUUAAAGACUGUUACUGGUAAGGCCAGAAUUGUUCCCCUAACUCCAUAUCAUGUACCUACAGAGUCAUACCCCGAGUUUGGUGUGGGAGAGACUGCCCCCCUCUCGAUCAUCAGAAAAAUAGCCCCGCCCAGGCGCAGCAAAAGAACUCAUUCUCCCCCAGUGGAAUCAAGCAAAGCAGAGGAUGGCGCAGAUGAAGCUAUGGCUUUAGAGGCCCUGAAUGCUGCCAACCAGGGGUCUACAGCUCCAGCCCAGAUACAGGAUCUUAUGAUAACCUUUUCAAAGGAGUCGGAGGUGGAGACGCAGUCUCCGGAAGUGACAGAAACAGCCACUGAUUCACUGGAAGAUGAGCCAGUUCAGAAGGCCUCACCAGAAGUUACAGAGCCAUUUGAAAAGGUUGAGGCGGAGAAGCAGACCUUGGAAGUGACAGAAACAACCAAUGAUUCACUGGAAGAUGAGCCAGUUCAGAAGGCCUCACCAGAAGUUAUAGAGCCAUUUGAAAAGGUUGAGGCGGAGAAGCAGACCUUGGAAGUGACAGAAACAACCAAUGAUUCACUGGAAGAUGAGCCAGCUCAGAAGGCCUCAACAGAAGUUACAGAGCCAUUUGAAAAGGUUGAGGCGGAGAAGCAGACCUUGGAAGUGACAGAAACAGCCACUGAGUCACUGGAAGAUGAGCCAGCUCAGAAGGCCUCAACAGAGGACAUUGCACCAGGAGUAAAGGUGAAAGGCAAGCAGGAGAUCGUUCCAGUCCCAAAGCCUCGUGGGAAACGAGACCCAACCCCACCUGUCCAAACAGAUGCUACCCGACCAAUGACCUGGCAUGCCUCUAUUGGGGAUAACACCCAGUCUACCAGAGAUGGAGGACAGUCACCUGCAGCCUCUGGGCUGGUACCACCUCAACGCAACAAGAGGAGCAGUAGUCUUCCUCCCGUACCCCCUCGUGGCCAGCUUGCAGCAUCUGGGGAAGUGGUGGUUGCUCCUCUGCGUAAAAGGAGCAGUAAGCUAAACAUAAAACAAUUGAGCAUGCCUGUUCCAGUUCCCCGCACUAAAAAAUGCCUUAGUUCCUCUUUUUCUGAUGGAAAUCCUCCAAUGGACUCCUCAUUCACCAGACAGGCAGACUCCCUUGAGGGCUCACUGUCUCUCUCUCAGGAAGACAAACAAGACAAAAGCCAGGAAGCCUCAGAGGGUUCAAUAUCAUUAACCUCAAACAUGGCCUCCGAUGGGAGCUUUGUCACUAUUUCUCGCUCAGAGGAGAUGUCACCAGAAGUACAACUCUGUGAGAAGGGACUGGAGGAGAGCGAGGAGAGCUGGAUCUUCACAGAAACCACUAUGUUCACAGAGUCCUUCACAGAAACUGCUAUGGUCAGUGAGUUCUUCGUAGACACUGUAAGAGAGGACAUUGAGAGGGGUUCAGAGGUAGAGGCUGUCUUUGAGAAGGGACUGGAGGAGAGCAUGGAAAGCUGGACCUUUACAGAUACUACCAUGGUCACUGAGUUUUUUGAAGACACUGUAAUCAAGGAUAUUGAGAGAGGUUCAGAGGCAGAAGUGCUUGACACGACCUCUCCAACCACCGGUACACCAGCUGAGGAUGACUGGUUACGUGUUGAGGGAGCCAAAGAGACAGAGCAGAUGGAGGUAGAGAGCAAAGACAUGUGGGUUGAAGAGAUGGACUUUGGCUUUGAGUCAGUAGACAUAUCUGCUGGUGGCUUAGAUGAGGAGAGACAGCAGGGGGCAGCAGACGAGCCAGCUGUAAACUCUCAGGAAACGGGUCCAGGCAGUGCUGCUUCCCCAGAAGGCCUCAUGGCCAGUCCUGGCCUUGUUACCUCCAGCCAGUCCCUACUGGAGUGGUGUCAGGAAGUCAUCAAAGAACACAAGGGGGUCAAGAUCACCAACUUCAGCACAUCCUGGAGGAAUGGCCUGGCCUUCUGUGCCCUGCUACACCACUUCCACCCGGACAGGAUAAACUUUGAGAUGCUGGACCCUUAUGACAUCAAGCGCAACAACAAGAAGGCCUUCGACGGUUUCGCAGAGUUGGGCAUCUCUCGGCUGAUAGAGCCCUCGGACAUGGUCCUCCUGGCCGUGCCUGACCGCCUCAUCGUCAUGACCUACCUCAACCAGAUCCGCACCUACUUCACGGGCCAGGAGCUGAGCGUGCUGCACAUCGAGGCGGACAGCAGUGAGUCCAGUUACGGCAUGGCCGGGGAGAGCCGGGAGGGCCCCGACCCGGAGGCCGCCGCACGCUACUGUCAACGGAUCCAAGAUGAGGCCCUCACAAUGGAGACCAAUGUGGGCGCUGCAGAGAAGAAGGCAGAUAGUGACACUAAGGAGGGCACCAAUAGGGAAGUGGUCCCACCCCCUAGAACCAAACGGCUGCAGGCUGCAGGGGAAGCAGGAGGGGCCCAAGCCCCCGUCGUACCCCCCAGGACACAUUUUUUAUCUGCCAAGUCUGGGUUCUCCCACCUAAAGGAUGUAGAUCUGGCUAAGAAACGACGGUCACAACGCAGGUCAAUAGACGAGGCAGACUCAACCGAGUUACAGGUUGCUGCAGCUCAGGAAGAGAGUGGAGCUGACAGAAUAAAAUCGGAAACAGGAAGGACAGCUGGUGAAGAAGGACGAUCGGCUGAGGAGGACACCAGCCAGUAUGUGCUGAGGGAGAUGCAGGCCCUAGAGUUUGAACAGAAGCACAUUGACAGCAGGGCAGACAUCGUGGAAAGUAGUCUACGGCUACUGAUGGAGUCGGGUAGUGACAAGAUGCAGGAGGAGAAGCUGAUCCAGGAGUGGUUCACUCUGGUCAACAAGAAGAACGCCCUCAUCAGGAGACAAGACCAACUACAGCUACUGCAAGAAGAGCAGGACCUGGAAAUGAGGUUUGAGAUGCUGAACCGAGAGCUGAGAGACAUGAUGGCUAUUGAAGAGUGGCAGAAGACAGUGGCCCAUAAACACAGGGAGCAGCUGCUACUGCAGGAGCUGGUGUCUCUGGUCAACCUGAGGGACGAGCUGGUCCACGACAUGGACGCCAAGGAGAAAGGGGCUCUGGAGGAGGACGAGAGGCUGGAGAGAGGCCUGGAGCAGAGACGAAGGAAGUACAGCAAGAAGAGCAAGCAGGAGAAGUGUGCACUGCAGUAAGGCCUGGCGUUGGACACACCCGAACCAGUGGAAGGUCACACCCGAACCAGGCAGCCCAGUGGAAGGUCACCAGGAUGCACAUUGGGACUAAAGUUGUAUGUGUGUGGAUCAUGACAUCAACACUGCAUGGAAGAGACUGAGAACUGUGUUAUGGGACUGCACUAGGAGGACAUAAAACAAUGUUCACUCACCCCCCUCUAUGAUAUGACUGAGCCUCAUUGCAACCUAUGGCUGGUUGUCAACAGUCACCCUGCUCUUCAGAUUGUGUUUUGAUUGGAUUUAAGUUUAGUUUUUUUGUGCAUAGCGUGUGUAUACUGUUGGGUUUUAAUUUUGAGUAAAUAACUGAAGGACACUAGAGAAGCUUAACCAAGUUUAAUUCUUCCCAAAAGGGUCGAUAUAGCUGUAAUUCAGACACAGACAUGGCUUCCCCCGUGGUGGUAUUCAUACCCCACUUUGGGUGGAGUCUCCUCAUCUCUAAACAUUGCAUCAUUCUUGCUAAAUGUGGGCGACAGGGUAUCCUAGUGGUUAGAGCGUUUGAACUAGUAACCGAAAGGUGCAAGUUCGAAUCCCCGAGCUGACAAGGUACAAAUCUGUCGUUCUGCCCCUGAACAGGCAGUUAACCCACUAUUCCUAGUCAUUGAAAAUAAGAAUUUGUUCUUAACUGACUUGCCUAGUUAAAUAAAGGUCAAAUAAAAAUUUUUGACUUCAGGUCACAAAGACAUAUCCCUAACUAACUAAUCACCAGAUUAAGUGCCUUACACUUUUAGAAAAAAGCAUUCCAAAAUGGUUCUUCAACUGUCCCCAUAGGAUUUUUGGUUCCAGGUAGAACCUUUUUUGGUUCCAGGUAGAACCCUCUCAGGUUUUACAUGGAACACAAAAGGGUUCUACAUGGAAUCAAAAGGGUUCUACCUGGAACCAAAAAUAGUUAUUCAAAGGGUUCUCCUAUGGGGAUAGCCAAUGAACCGUUUUAGGUUCUAGAUAGCACCUUUCUUUCUAAGAUACUGUAGAAUCUGUUACAGUAGUGUAUUAUGGGUUACUUCAAAAAAGUAUUUUCUACUGAGUGGGAUAUUAGGGAAGGGGCAGGGCUCCUGUACUUAGCUACAUCAAAUACCUACAUUAGACCCAUGCAGCAGGUGGAUUGAUUCACCCCUUUUCACCUAUUGUUAAAUAAGCAGUCAGAUUAUUGAAAAUUACAAUGGCGAAAUGGAAGUGAAAUGCUGAAUUUGUGCAAACAAAGAAUGCCAAAACGAGCUCCCUCAUUUAUUGCAGUAUGUUGGCUUGGACUGUGCAGACAACACACAGCGAGCACCUGUUGUCUGAUUCUUUAUUGGAGGUGAAUGUAUGUGGAUGCUCCAACACUCAAGCAGAGUGGGAGAUCUUGGAUGAAAGAGGCAAAGGACAGAAGUCAGUAUACUGCAGCUUGGUGUCUGAAAGAACAAAGCAGUUUAAACGUGUUGGAAAUAUUUGAAGCUUUUAUUUAUUGAAUAGGUAGAUAGAUAAUCCUACCUAUCCUGCCUGUCAUAUGUGCCUUUAACCAGAUCCAGAGAAAUAAGAAAUGUUCAGAAGUAGGACUCAACUUUGUGUUCCUAGUUCUCAAAUGUUUAUGCAGUGAGUUCAGUUACUGUUUGUGACAUUAGUCUUGUCACGCCUUGUUUUCCAUUGAUUGUUUUUUUGUUUUGUUUCGAAAGGUAAAUAAGGAAGCGGUGGAGUCUGAAAAUGAUCAAUUUCAAGAUGCUCUAAAAUGCUAGAGAACAGGAAUAUUCAAACGGAAAACAUGAGGCAAAUGCAUGUUUCUUAGUGUUUCCAUCUUAACCGUACAACUAUCAAUUGCUAUAGUCUUAUGCACAUUCUUAUUAGCAAAUCUGUAACGUGCAAAAGUGUAUGCGGUAAACAAAUAACCCUCAUACAUGAUACAAAAAAAUACACUUUACUUUAGCUAAAAUAUAUUCUAGUAUUAAAACUCCAGCACUUCGCUACAGCAGGAUUACUGCAGAUGUAGGAUCUGAAUUUGAGCCAGUAUGCUACAGCAGGAAACUAAUCUUGCAGCAACAGGAAAUGUGAAUUAUAAGUAAUGGACAUUUUGUAUGGGGUUGAUACAUUUAUAAUUAUGGCAAAUCAAGUCUGAAAUUUCAACGUGGAAAUUACAAACUUUAGAAGCAUUUUUAAAACUCAAAUACACUACACGUCUGCGUUUCCUGCCGUGCAGGAAAAUUCUCUGCAACAAGAGUUUAUCAAAUGAAGAUCCUACAUCUAUAUUAUUGGCCAGGCAGGAGUGCACCAGAGCAUGAUAUUUGCUUGACAUCUUCUCCUCUACACUUUGUGUAAUGUUAAGUUAUCAUGAGCGCAGGCAUUUCUAUUUCAGUGGGAGGAACUACUUAACAGAGUAAAAACAUGAUUCUGUCUGGAGUUAUUUUGGGUGACACUGGAGAGUGAUUUAUUUUUAUUUAGAAGUGUUUGAAUUUGUGUUCCAGCUUGUUCCCCCUCUGCCUCACUGUUGUUAGUUACUGUGUUAAUGUUCCUACCACUGUGUGAGUUUGAGAUAUUUUACUUUCAGUUUUCUGAAAUAGCUUUUGGGGAAGGUUUUGUUUGUUUUAAUGUACAUUUGCACUAUUUGUGAUGUUUGGAGAAUUAAAAGGUAUCUUGGAUCACUA